AAGAGAGGCAGGCGACUAGGAGCAGGUUGGUAGGUCGCAGUGGCGCAGUGAGUGCACUAGUACGCUACGCACCUUUCCUUCGUGUAAUAACUCCAGCUACUUCCUGUCUAGUGUCUCCGUCGACCGUCGCUGCCAGCCAGCCACAGCAAGCUCCGCACGACCGCCGGUCCGCCGCCUACCAGAGCGAGCUCAUCUCUCAGCCGCGCCGGGGGGCCUCCUCGUCACGCCGGCGCAGCCCGCGCUUCGUUCCACCGUAGUUUGCCCGGCCGUGCUGGGGCAAAAAAAGGUCCGGGCCCACGUGUUCCCAGACGGAGCGAGAGGACGUCGAUCGGUCAGGCCAUCAGGGACCAGACCAGACAAAGCCAAAGGGGCCGCGGAUCGGUAGGCGGCCGGCGCGGAUCGGAGGAAGAAGGGAGGAGGAGGCCAUCCAGUUGGAGUACUUGGAGAGGUAGCAGGACGACGAUGCUUGGAGGCCGUCCCCUCUUCGUGCUCUUCGGCUCCUCCAUCGUGCAGUACAGCUUCAGCAACGGCGGAUGGGGCGCCGCGCUUGCCGACAUUUACGCCCGCAAGGCUGAUGUCCUGCUAAGAGGAUAUAUUGGCUGGAACACAAGGCGGGCUGUUCAAGUGAUGGACAAAGUGUUCCCUAAGGAUUCAGCAGUGCAGCCGUCUCUGGUAAUAGUUUACUUUGGUGGAAACGACUCAAUUGAUGCUCAUUGUUCCGGUCUCGGGCCUCAUGUGCCGCUAGAUGAGUACAUAGGGAACAUGAGAAAGAUUGCAGAACACCUAAAGAGCCUCUCCGAGAAGACACGGGUCCUUUUCCUGAGCUGCCCACCUCUGAACGAGGAGAUGCUUCGAAACUCAACCAGCAGUACUAUACUGAGUGAGAUCGUCCGGACCAACGAAACCUGCCGUCUGUACUCUGACGUGUGCGUAGCUCUGUGCAAGGAGAUGCACCUGAAGGUGGUUGAUCUCUGGCAUGCCAUGCAGAAGAGGGAGGACUGGAAGACUGCGUGCUUCACGGAUGGGCUGCAUCUGUCUGAAGAAGGGAGCAACAUUGUGGUGGAAGAGAUCCUGAAGGUGUUGAAAGAGGCAGAGUGGGAACCAUCCCUGCACUGGAAGGCAAUGCCGACGGAGUUCGCCGAGGACUCCCCCUUCGAUCUUGUCUCCUCCAGCGGUGACGCCACCGUGAACCCGUCGGAGUGGACAAUCCACAGGAAAAUACAAUGGAACUGACUGACUUGUUUGCGGCCUUGAUUUGACUCCAUGGCUGGAUGGAUGGAUGCAUACAUUUGUUCUGCCUUGAUGGAAUUGGAACGAAUCAUGAUGCUCAAGAAUAACAAUGGAGGACCAGAGUUAAGGGACAAUAUGAUACCGUCAUCUUAUCUAUUUGAUCAGACCUCGGUGUCUCGAAGAUUGAUUGGUCAAUGUUGUGUUUUCCCCAUGAUUAUGGUGUGUUGUGUGUUUGGAUUGAUGGCAAGGUUGGCUAGGAUGCAUCCAUGUUUCGGAGAUAUGGCCAUUCAAGUUGUGUGUUUUGAUAAUAGAAUGAGCCGUUUUUUUAGAUGCAAUGAGAAUACUUAACUA